AUGCGAAUUACCGAGCAUCGCCUUCCUGCCUACACCAGCUCCAGCAUCUCCCUUGAUUCCAUACAACUCUCUAUACAGAACAUCGUCAAGCACUGGACCACACGGCAGAGAUAUUGGAACCCGUUUUUCGGAGCUGAUCAAGAGCAGCGGCGCUUGUCGAAUACGACUCCACCAUGGAGAAGGAAACUAGCAAGCUUCCUGGAAUCGAUGCCCCUUCGAGUCACUGUAAUCAUUCUGCUGAUCCUUGACAUCACCUUGACUAUUCUCGACCUGUCCUCCUCGAUGCUCAAAUGUCAUAAUCGAGGUGACGGGAGAUCAUUGGCCGCGGACUGGUUCCACUGGGUUGAGAUUGGGAUCCUGAGCCUGCUCUGUGCGAAGCUAAUUGCUCUAGCUGUGGCACUUGGACCCAAAGCUUUCUUUAGCAGGCCAGGGUAUGUUGUUGAUGGUGUGGUGGUGGUGGGAGCUUUGGUUCUGGAAGGGCUGCUGGAUAUGAAGGAAGGAGGGUUGAUGGUGGUGGUGAGCUUGUGGAGAGUGGUGAGGGUGGUGGAGAGCGCCUUCGAGUUGAGCGAUGAAGCCAUCGAGGCUCAGAUUGCAAGGGUAGUGUUGGAGUUUGAAGCACUCAAGGCAGAGAACAUCAGAUUGUUGGAGACGAUAGGUGAGAGAGAUGAGACCAUAAGGAUGCUGCAAGAAAUGGUGGAGAUGUUAAAAGCAGAACUAGAUGAUGAGCAAUGA